GUCGUGAAAGGGGGAGGGCCUUCAGCGGACUGUUUUUAUUUAUUUCUUUGUUUCAUGUGCAUAAAACAACAACAAUGGUGGAUAAUUGAAGAAGUGUGAAUAUUAGGAUGAGCGAAUGACAUUUCCAGUUACAGUUACCAGACCGAUAUCAUAAGAGAAUCAACAGGGGGAGGAUGAAGCGGCGCAAUGCGGACUGCAGCAAACUCCGACGGCCGUUAAAACGGAACCGAAUCACCGAGGGUAUAUAUAGCAGUACGUUCCUGUACCUGAAGUUCCUGGUAGUGUGGGUGUUAGUUCUGCUGGCUGACUUUGUGCUGGAGUUCAGGUUUGAGUACCUGUGGCCCUUCUGGCUUUUCAUUCGAAGCGUCUACGACUCCUUCAGAUAUCAGGGACUGGCGUUCUCUGUUUUCUUUGUAUGUGUGGCGUUUACGUCAGACAUCAUCUGCCUCCUGUUCAUCCCCGUCCAAUGGCUGUUUUUCGCUGCCAGCACCUACGUAUGGGUCCAGUAUGUCUGGCACACAGAAAGAGGAGUCUGUCUUCCCACUGUAUCGCUGUGGAUCCUGUUUGUGUACAUUGAAGCUGCCAUACGGUUCAAAGAUCUGAAGAACUUUCACGUCGACCUGUGUCGACCCUUUGCUGCUCACUGUAUCGGCUAUCCGGUGGUGACUCUGGGCUUCGGCUUUAAGAGCUACGUCAGCUACAAGAUGCGACUGAGGAAACAGAAGGAAGUGCAGAAAGAGAACGAAUUCUACAUGCAGCUUCUGCUGCAGGCGUUACCUCCAGAGCAACAGAUGCUGCAGAGACAAGAGAGGGAAGCAGAGGAAGCUGCUUUAGCUAAAGGGAUCUCCGAGGUAGAACCCGCAGUGAUAUCUCAAAACGGAGCUCCUUCCGGAAAGAAAAGCAGCUCAGUCCUGUUGCCAGAACUGGAGUACCGGGAAAAGGGGAAGGACAGUGCUGCGAAAGAGCGCGAGGGCAAAAAACAAAACACAAUUGGAAUCAAUAACAACAGUAUAAUACACGCACUGGACUCCAAAGUGCAGGAGACAGAGUACAUAGAGAACUACGUCGGGGCAAAAAGACUGAACAACGACCUGGCAGGAGAGAACACACACGCCGACACCAACACACACUCUGCUUCCAAAGAGGAAAUGGGGGGCACAGGGAAGAACUAUAAAAACGCCAGCGGAGGUGGGGGUAACAUUCCCAACUCGUCACCACGGAAUCACAGUUCUUCAAACGGCAGCGUGCCGUCUGGUUCCUCGACCAAUAAGAAUGAGAAGAAGCAGAAGGGGGCGGGGAAAGGGCAGAAGGAUCCAGUGGAGAACUGUAUCCCCAACAACCAGCUGGGCAAGCCGGACGCUCUCGUACGGCUGGAGCAGGAUGUGAAGCGUCUGAAGGCCGAUCUUCAGGCCAACAGGCAGUCGGAGUCCGAGCUGCGGAGUCAGCUUUCCUCUCUGAGCAGCCAGGACCGCAGCCUCCGCUCUGAGCUGGGCCAGCUCCGCCAGGACAACGAGCUGCUGCAGAACAAGCUGCACAGUGCCGUACAGGCCAAGCAGAAGGACAAGCAGACCAUCUCCCAGCUGGAGAAGAGGCUAAAGGCUGAGCAGGAGGCUCGCGCCCUCGCAGAGAAACAGCUGGCUGAGGAGCGGAAGAGGAAGAAGAUGGAGGAGGCCACCGCUGCCAGAGCCUUAGCAUUAGCUGCUGCCACCAGAGUGGAGUCGACCGAUUCUCUGCGCGGUCGCAUCAGAGAGCUGGAGACGGAGUGUAAGAAGCUCAGCAUGGACACGAAGCUUAAGGAGGAGCAGAUCAGGGAUCUGGAGGGAAAGUGUCAGGAGCUGCGGAAGUAUAAGGAGAACGAGAAGGACACGGAGGUGUUGAUGUCGGCGCUGUCAGCCAUGCAGGAGAAGACCCAGCACCUGGAGAACAGCCUGAGUGCUGAGACCAGGAUCAAACUGGACCUCUUCUCUGCACUGGGCGACGCCAAGAGGCAGCUGGAGAUCGCACAAGGCCAGAUCCACCAGAGGGAGCAGGAGAUCGCCGAGCUGAAGCAGAAGAUAGCAGAGGUGAUGGCAGUGAUGCCCAGCCUGUCCUACUCAUCCGACGGCAACAACCUCAGCCCCGUCACCCCCGCACUACUCCUCCAAGUUCAUGGACAAUAGUCCCUCCUCCCUGGACCCCAACGCCUCAGUCUACCAGCCCCUCAAAAAGUGACUCUGAUAUCGACACUUCUUUGUCAGACAGAACUUUGUCUUUGUUUUGAUGAAGCUCUUAGUUCCGGUUUGAGUUUACCAGCACUCUAAUGUUACCACACACAGUGCACACAACCCCUCCAUACAUGUAUUUGGCCCCCUUUUUUUAAAUGUAUUUUUGGUUCUAUUAUGAGAACUGUUACUUUGACAGGGUUGUGUACAAUUCUUUUUCUUUUUGGAGAGUUUGUGGAUUUAGCCAUUCGACUGUUUUUGAAGGGGGAGAAAGAAACACACUGUGUUCGCCAAAUGUUUACUGAAGAGCCGUCAUGCAUCGCUUCAAGUCAGUCUUCUUUUGAUGUCAGUUUAACCCCCCCCCUCCCCUCCCAAAAAAACAACAUAUCUUCUACACACAGAUGUUUAAUUAAAAAAAAACCAAUUAGCUUCUCAUGAUGUAUGUAUUGAGGCAGAAGACAUUUGAUACAUGAAUGUAAAAUGAUUCAUGUUUAACCGUUAACUUAAAGCAGAGAUCGUUUGUUUUGGUAAUGUACAUCAACAAAGUACAUUUUUCGUGAUAUAGAACGGAGAAACGUUCUUCACAUAUUCCAAUGUGAUUUAUCCUCUUAAAGCUGGAAGAGUGAAGUCUCCAGGGCUAUCAGUGAGUGGAAGAAGCAGAUGAAGUUAUGUCCUAUAAAUAAUACUACUGCUUGAUUCGACCUGGCACUGCCAAAAUGUUAACGUUCACCUGUUUGUUGCAGACGACCUUUCCUUUCCUUCCGGACCAAAUUAGAACCCGUUGGAUCAUAUCGUUCUCUGGAUUUAAUGAUGUCGAGGUGACUGGUGUUGCCAAUUCUCUGCAGAUGUACAGUGCCUUGCAGUUUCUCUUUUUUUUUUAAGAUGCAGAAAUCACAAACUUUGCAAUCCGGGUAUCUAAAAAUCAUCAUUUCUCAAUCUAACUUCCGAUUUGCUUGGUUUCAAUUCAAGAUUUCUCACAUUCUGAUCCUGUCAAUUCAGUAUUCAACGGCUAAAACAAUAAGGUGUCGCCUCGAGACACGUUCUUCUGCAACACAAUUUUACAGACCUUAAAAAAGGGAAAACAUAACGUGUUCACAGCGACACAGUCUUGGUACGCCAAACACUAACCAAACUGAUUGUCUAUGCCCGAGAGUUGGCAUUUAGUUGUUUACAAAAAAAAUGUACAUUAACUUGCUAAGGAAUGUUUUCUUUGUUUUGUUUUCAUUUCAGUUCUUAAGUGCCAAGUGUUGAUGUUCGGUUUCCAUCCAUACUUUGAUCGAUGUAGCUAGCAUAAUGUUUGCAGAACAGUGCUGUUAUUGUUUUGUCAUUAGAACAUAUUGGGAUGGUGUCGUGUUUACAAGGUUCAGGGCUGAUCAUGGCGUCAGUUGGACUGAUUGUGUUAUUCACAUGUUUUUAUUUAUUUGAUAUUUCCCAUCAUAUUCAGUUGAUUUCCUAUAUUUUCUACCAGGAAGGAUUCUGUGAAUGUGUUGUUUGGGAAAAGGUUACCUCCCCCCCCCUUUCCCACCCCCUUAAACCAUUUGACCAUGUUGUGCUGUCAUGUUGCCUACCUGGGGGGGGCGGCAACAAAAGUAUUAUUUGUGGAUCGCUCUGGUGUUGUGAAUUCAGUUCUUGAGUUGCUUUUAUAAGUUUGUGAAAGGAAAAAAAAAAAAAAGUGCUUUUGGUUUUUCUUUUUCAUUGUUCCACCAUGUUUGUUUUCUUUACUCAAAGUGAUGAUGGCUGUGUCACACCUUUCACUUUGGCCGUCACUAUAAUAAAGAAAGUCUUGCUGGUGGCAAUGCAAGCUGUUCA